AUGGGCGCCGUUGUCUCUUGCAUUCAAUCCGUUUUCCGUACCAUCGGUAACUGCUUGACCUCGAUCGUCUCCGGUAUUGGAGGUAUCCUCACCGCCAUCAUCGGCGGCAUCGUCUCCUUCUGCAACAUCAUCAUCAGCUUCCUCACCUGCGGCUACUGCGGACGCCGCGGUGGCGGUGGCCGUAAGACACGCCACACGACCACGACUAGAAGUCGAGUCUAA